AUUCAGGAACAACCUUCCCAAAUUUUCCCCUGAAGAAUUGCAUCAAACCCAAUCGCCAGCCGAUUCCCCCCUCUGACCAACGUCUAGAUCGCCAAACCAUACAUCCUCCCGAGCACGACACGAAGUUGCGAAUUAUGAAUAAGUGACAUUCAAUUUCGGUGUCGCGGUCGACCAGGUUAGCUAUCCGCAUCCUGUCGCUCUCGUGAAUCGUGUUUGCGUCCCAACCACGACACGAUAACGGCUCCCAUCGCCUCCACCUCGUAACACGCGCCACGCGACUCGCCAUGGAUCAAGCAGACAUACCGGCGCUGCUCUCACGCCUAGCCAGCGACGAGGAUGCAGCGCGCAAGAUGGCUGUCUUCAAACUGCAGUCUUCCAUCAACGACCCCGCGUUUGCCGAUGUAUUCAUCUCUUCGGGCGGCCUGAUUAUCCUACGACGACUAAUUAUGAGCACGGGAGGAAACACACUUGCAUACUCACUGCAGAGUCUCAGUCGGCUGCUUGAGGUGGACAUGGGCUGGGACAUCUUCGAGGGGCCAACAGCUGGGGAUCUAGUAGAGCGUGUCGUGGAACUCAUCGUGACAAAUCCUCUGGUCAACAUCCUUCGCGGCGCCAUGUCCAUACUUGUCGCUCUAGUGAGCCAUUCCCAGUCCGAGACUCGCAAUGGUGCCAUGCGAACGCCAGGCACCUUUGGUUUCCGUGCCCUGAAGCCCGCCGUAGCCGUAUACCCCCAGUUCUUUGACCUGGUUAUACAACAAUUGCAAUCAGCUGACCAUGCUCUCUGCGCCAACGCCCUCAUGCUGAUUAAUGCUCUGAUAAGGGAUGCUGUGUCCAGCGAAGCGACCGCCAGUGGAACCAAUGGCACCAACAGCAAUAGCAAUGGCAACAAAUCGAGCGUCUCGGACGAGUGGCCCAAGUUCAUCCGGAGAUUACAGGAUCUGGGACUCAUCAAGGCCGUAUACAACCUCAUGCAAAGCUCAGCAUUGCAAGAUCUUGCAUAUCCCCUGCUGGAGUUCCAAUCCCUCACUAAGGUGCUGUUGCGCAAGUGGCGAGAGGUUCGGGUCGACCUUGAGCGGCCAGAGCAUCGACGCGCACUCAAGGGACUGCAUCUUGCUAGUGCACCCAACCGAGACUACAUGAACGGUGUUGCCAAGGUGGAGGAGAACCAAGAACCAGGAAAGAAGGGGAGCAGGCGGCACAAUCCCGAGAAAUGGCGCAGGUUAGGCUUCGAAACGGAGGGCCCAGCCGGCGAAUUUGAAGCAGCAGGCUUUUUGGGCAUGAUGGACCUGACGGACUACGUGAGGAAGAACGAAGAUGGGUUCCAGAAACUGCUCCUAGAACAGUCGACCAAGCCUCUGAGAGAGCGUUGUCCGAUUGCAAGGUCUAGCCUGGCCGUGACCCUGAUCCUGUACGACCAUUUCGACUGCGAUAAGACCGGGAUAGAAGACCUGAGAGGCUAUCAGUUGUCCGAUGGAAAGCAGCAAGACAAGCUGUACCAUCCUUUGCUCCUACAAUGGUCUAGAUUGCACACGGCAGGACUUCAAUCCUUCUUCCGACUAUGGAAAGCAACUGGCGCUGACCAGAGCGAUUUCGACAAGGUGGCGGAGCUAGUGCGGAUACUGGUAGACCAAGCGGUGGGCACGGCAGGACGAUCGAAGGAUGUCCUGGAGGUAGAGGAUGAACUGCUCGAGUUCGACUGCUCGCGACUACGAGAACUCCAGAUGGAGCUGUUGGACUUGUCCUUCGACGACAACUGGGGUCAUCAUUUAAAUCAAGUUCGUGACGAUCUGAGGAAGGAAUCCCUCUCGUUUGUCAAAGAGCAACGAAUUCGGUGUCUGCUACAGGGAGCUUGGUUCUCAAAACCGACACCGUCAAAGGAGAGUCGAAAUGAGAGCUACCAGAAUCGCCGAGCCGCCCAGGGUACCGUGUGGAGAUACGCAAAACUGUCCCAUAACCGUCGAUGGCUGCACUUCUCCGAUUUCGCGUUGCGGACCGGACAUGAUCCGGGUCUGGAAGUCCUGGAUGAGAAGGUAGAUCUGAGCAGGAUUAGCUCGGUGGUGUCAAACGUGUCGACGACCAACGAUGAUGCGCGAAGCGAGUCGAACAAGUCCACACUCCGAACGCCCAUGAUGAACGGGGCCGGGUCUGGGCCGUCGAAGUCGACCACCAAGAUCACCAUCUUCAGUUUCAGCAACCCAGAGGACGCGAGCAAACCCGGUGGAGACGGCAAAGAACAUCCGGUGCUGACUCUGUACCCCCUGAACCACAGUGUGGCAUCGGAAUGGCUUGACGGUCUGUUAAUGCUGCUAGAUCAAGCGCCCAUUACGGCAGAAACGCAGAAAUUGAUCUCGUUGGUUGGAGACUACGGUCUGAAGAUCAGACUGCUGAACGUCAGAAUGGAGGCAGCGUACUCAGGGCCACCACCGGGGGCGGGCGUGGUGCCGAGCAGAGAGGGGCUGGAUGCCGAGUACUACUACCAAGUGUGAGCGGGAAGCGUUUGGAAUUGUGGCUCGGAUGGUUGCGUGAUUGUAUGUUAUUGGUUUACAGUUUGUGUGUGCGCGAUAUAUGAUAUACCCUGGCCCGGAUGGCGGACUUGAUGUAGCGUAGUUGAUUUUGCGCGUUUUCGCUGCUUGGGGGUUGCGAUUCAUGACGCGAAUACACCCAACGGAAUAAAAGCACGCCAUUCCUGAGGUAGCUCGGACUGGCCUAUAAAUAUG